UGAAGCGGGAACCGUACGACUUCUCGGCUCACAUCUACUUCGACGACGCCUUCGAGAGGAAGGGAGAUCGCAUGGUGGUCAACCAGUUCGUGACCAGCCUCACGGACGUCAUCGCCGAAGUGUGCCGGUUUUUUGAAAAAAACUCGAACAAUCCACAAGAGGCGCCCUCAAUGGAGAGGACUCAGACGCCGUACGGAGCGCGACUCUCCUACAAACUCCCGCACGGCAACUCGCUGUAUGUGCACCUCAAGGACAAGGAGAUGAUCCGCCACCGCAAGCGCUGGUCCCAGGUAAUGUACUUGUACUACCUCCUUGGCUGGAAGAUCUACCGCAAGAUCCACGAAGUUAAUAAAGAUGAACAAGAGGAAUGGGUGGAGAGGAGGAAGCGCAACACCUACGUGCUGGCCUUGGAUGGAGACACGGACUUCUACCCCUCGGCGCUCUCCAUGCUGGUCGACCGACUCAGGAGGGACCCCACCGUUGGCGCCGCCUGCGGGAGAAUUCACCCGACGGGCGUGGGGCCGCUCGUCUGGUACCAGAAGUUCGAGUACGCGGUAGGACACUGGCUGCAGAAGACGGCCGAGCACGUGCUGGGCUGCGUUCUCUGCAGCCCUGGCUGCUUCAGCCUCUUCCGAGCCAAGGCCAUCAUGGACGACAACGUCCUCAAGACCUACACCACGGUGGCCACCGAGGCCCUGCAGUACAUCCAGUAUGACCAGGGCGAGGACCGCUGGCUGUGCACGCUGAUGCUGCAGCAGGGCUGGCGCGUUGAGUACUGUGCCGGAUCGGACGCCUACACCAACGCCCCGCAGGAAUUCAAGGAGUUCUUCAACCAGCGGAGGCGUUGGGGCCCCUCCACGAUGGCGAACACCUUCAGCAUCCUGGAAAAUGGCAUCCGCACGGCCACGAAGAACCCGUCCAUCUCUCGGCUCUACAUUCUCUAUCAGAUCAUCUACACGGCCACCUCCAUCAUGGGUCCGGCCACCGUCUGUCUCAUGAUUGCAGGUUGCUUCACCUUCGUUUUCAAAAUGGACCAAAACUGGGCACUCCUCAUCGCCAUCGUUCCGCCCGCUCUGUACAUCGCCGUCUGCUUCAAAACGAAGCCCGACACGCAGAUCAAGGUGGCCAUGGUGCUCACCGUGAUCUACAUGUUCCUCAUGACGGGCACGCUGCUCGCUAUGGUCGGCGACAUUGUCAAGAACGGUAUCCUCACGCCCAGCGGCAUCUUCUUCAUCACUCUCGCGGGCAUCCAUCUCAUCGCCGCGGCGCUGCACCCGCGCGAGUUCUCCUGCAUCGUGCACGGAUUCUUGUACCUCAUCUGCAUCCCCACGGGAUACCUGCUGCUGCUCAUCUACUCGCUGGUCAACAUGUACAAUGUAUCAUGGGGCACGCGUGAGACCAAGGCGCCUUCUGAGCCCUCCCACAAGGAGCAGAAGAAGAAACACAAGCAUCGUUGCAAUGGAACGAAAUGCUGUGUGCUGCCACUCGAGUGGGACUGCUUCCAGUGGAGAAUCAGCGUCUAUCCGAAGGAAUACUCGGCGCUGAGUCAGGCAGAUGACAGUUCAAGCCGAGUGGAGUCGUGCGCAGUGGAACUCGACGGAGAGAUGAGCACUCAGACGGAGCAUCCAGAAGGAGUAGAGAGUGAGGAGAGACGACAGGGCAUCGCGAGCACUCGGACGGAACAUCCAGAAGAAGCAGAGAUCGAGGCAAGAGGAGAGGACGUCGCGACCACUCAGAUGGAGCAUCCAGAAGGAGCGGAGACAAGACCAGAGGACAUCGCGAGCACUCCGACAGAUCAUCCAGAAGGAGUAGAGAGUGAGGAGAGACGACAGGGCAUCGCGAGCACUCGGACGGAACAUCCAGAAGGAGCAGAGAUCGAGGCGAGAGAAGAGGACAUCGCAAGCACUCAGACAGAUCAUCCAGAAGGAGCAGAGAGCAAAAGUCGACCUCCAGAGGAAUCAGACACAGACCUCGCCCUCCAUGCCAAAGGGCGCCAUGACCUCGUGUGGCAGCGCCACCAGAAGAUGCAGGUCAUGUUUGAGAAUGUCCUGCCUCAGGGUUACGCCAUCACGCAGAGGUGCAGCCUGGAUCAGGAGGAAGACGAGUUCUGGAAGAGCAUGAUCAGUGACUACCUCAAGCCUCUGGAGGAAGACGACGAUCACAGGAAGCGCGUGAAACAGGAACUCUUCGAGAUAAGAAACAAGGGCACCUUCGUCUACUUCAUGAUCAAUGCACUGUGGCUGGUGGCGACUCUGGCACUGCAGUUCGUGGGAGCCGACCUCUACAUCCACAUCCCGAGCAUGAAGAACGAGGGGACGGUCAUCGACGUGCCACCCCUCGCCUUCAUGUUCCUCAUCACCUUCUCCAGCAUGCUCAUCAUCCAGUUCCUGGCCAUGCUGUACCACAGGUUGUUUACGCUGCUGCACGUGCUCUCCUACGUGGAGUCGUCGUCGUCGGGCCAGCAGUUAAGGAGCAGUGCUGUUGGCCGAGACAACAAAGCAUUCGUAAGCGAUGGAGACGACGAUGAUGACGCUCAGCAGUGCCGUCUCAGAGAGAUUGUCUAA